AUGACUGCAACUCUGCCAGUUAUCCCGCAAAAUGCUGCAAAUAUCCAACGGACAUCCCAUAGGGAUGACAGUCAGGUCAACGGUGCCGUCGUCAUAUUUGUCUCGCACUCGGUGCGACUGGCGGUGUUCGGCGCCUGGCUUCUGGGUACUCAACCGACGGACAUGAUCUUCGAGUAUCUCUGCGACGCAGUUCAUGGCGUCCGCAGGACUGAGGUCAUUCAGGCAAGAGUCGGGUCCUUGUUCCGCGACCGCAUGCCGCUCGUGCGCUACGAAGCUUUCGCCAUUGAGAUGCAGCUCUUACCUACAUGCCGCGAGGUCAACGCCGAAGACGCGGUAGAACGCGUGGUCAGUUUCAUGACUAUGAUGCAUAGGAGCGGUGAGAGAGGCGACCAAUACAGGCACGAAGCAGUAAACGCGGAGCGGGCAGCCAUCACCACCGCAAUGAAAUCCAGCAACGCUGAGCAUGAUGGCUAUCAAAGCCACAAUUAUCACAAUGUCCAUGGGCUGUUCGGGUAG